AUGGCAAGCAAAGCCGAGGAGGGGGCUUGGUCAUUCCCCGACGACGGCGUCUGCGACUACUCCCUCGACAGUGAAACAGCUGCUGCUUUCCUCGACGCAUCGCUCUCCCCCAUGAUCAACUUCUCGCAUCCGACCCAGCAGCAACGGGUCCCGACGACUUGCUCUCGCGCGAGCAACACGUCCGGCUCCGACUUGGCACAAAGCACGAACGUGGCCCCCGUGCCUUCCCCACGUGUCGGCGCAGAGUCCGAUGCGACGUCGAUGAGGUCGAGUCAACUUGGAGCUUAUUCCCGUCCACCCACCGUCCCAGAAGACCAAGACCACCUCGAGUUGGGCCAAUGGAUCGUCGGUCCCGCGAUCGGCAGCGGGGAAAGUGGCAAAGUGCGCCUAGUCCGUCAUCGAUUCCGCUCGGACGAACUCGGUGCGCUGAAGAUGGUGCGCAAAUUCUGGCCGGACGAUCAGAAACCUCGCGACAUCUUUCGCGAGAUCGAGAUCCUCAGGAUUGUGCACCAUCCGCACAUCAUCGCGUUGAAGGAUGUCAUGGAGUCCGCGAAUCAUCUGUGAGUCUCGGGUCCGUCUCGGCGCAGCUGAGGCCGUCGGCCGUACAGCUACCGCCGCGUCAAGCGUCUACGUGCUGCCCGAUCCAAUUGAUGCAUUUUCGUUCUUCUUGCUCCUCAGAUAUAUGGUGACUGACUACUGCGAAUGUGGCUCGCUGUUUGACCAUAUGCGAGACAACGGGGUGCUCGACCGGACCGAGAUCCGACGAUACUUCUCGCAGCUCAUCUCGGCAGUGAGUGCUUAUCUGUCUUCUAGAUUGAAACGAAUACUGGACUAACCAUCGCCGGAUUCUUCAGCUUUCUCACCUCAAGAUCCUAUCCAUCGCCCAUCGCGACAUCAAGGUGAGGCUGCUGCACAGUCCAAAGCUUUCCACAACAGGAGCUAAUACACCCGGCCAUUGUCUGCCCUUUUAGCUUGAGAACUUGUUUCUGUUCGAGGACAAGUGGGGCGUGACGAGUCUCAAGCUGGGGGAUCUGGGGAUGUCGACAUUUGUCCCGUCGGGUACAAUGCUCGAAACGUCUUGCGGUUCUCCUCACUACGCCGCUCCCGAAGUCAUUGCGGUGCAUGCGACGCGUAUUGACUGCGUCACAUAGGUCGUCCCAAAACUGAUCCAAACGUCUUGACCUCUCAGGGCGACCAAUAUGAUGGAAGUGCCGCUGAUGUAUGGUCGAGCGGGGUGGUGUUGUACGGGCUGAUGUAGGUCACCAAUGCUCUUCCGCAGUCGAUCGUCAGGACUGACCGGACCGCAACCACUUCAGCGCCCGCACGCUUCCCUUCGACAACGACAACAUUCCCACUUUGUUGAACCUGAUCAAAUUGGGUGAUUACAAGAUGCACGAUUCGAUCCAGGGAGAAGCACGGGACCUGGUCCGCCACAUGGUCAUGAAGGAUACCAGCAGGCGAAUCUCGGUGAGCACCAGUAAUCUAGCUUUCAAAGAGCCACAACGUCUUUUGGUUGGGUUGGGAGAUUGUUAUGAUUAACUCAGACGGUUUAUAGGUGGAAGAGAUACAACGCCAUCCCUUCGUUGAUCAGUCGCUGCUCUCAAAGGACUUGCAAGACACCCAGUUCGCGCCUAGUCGCGCCGAGCUCAACGUCGAAGUGAUGGGCAGCAUGAUAUCCCUUCUUCGUCUACCCACAAUGCAGGCAGUGGAAAAAGCUAUACUUGAUCUAACGUGACUCUCUUCUCGACUCUGGACUGAUCAAACCGCGGCGAUAGCUCAUUCGAUCUUUCUGAUGCGCAGCGUUCCGAACCGCGCGCGAUACAUCUACCUGUCCCUACUCAACAUGAAGCGCGAUCUUCAAGAACGUGGUCGCGAAUCAAUAUUAUCUCUUUCGACUACCUCCACCACAUUCUCGAGUCUUCGUCGAUCCCCUUCGGCCCCUGGCAGCCUCGGCAGAUCGACUCCGGCGUCGUCUAAGAGAUUACGACAUGUGGUCAGCAUGCACGAUUCGUCGUCUGGGUCCCCACCAGAGUCUUUCCGACAGGGUACCAGCCUGCGUAGCUACUCAACAAACCAUGAAUACUCCCUAAUCGGCGACGCCGGAGACCUCCCCUCCUCGAAAACGGCGCGGUCGGUACUGAAGAAGCGGUCGAUCUCGCUUCUCGCUCGUCGAUUCAGUUUGGGGUUGCGAAGUUCCAUCGAUCGGUCCCCCCGACAUCCCAGUUCGUCUUAUCGCACUUCGGGCCAUUCCAGUUUGCAAGCUUCGUCAUCGGCAAGUGCCACCCAAUCUGGAUCCGACACCCCGCUUCGACCUGGGGUCUUUCAGCGCUCGCUUCGCUACUCAUCCCUCGGUCGCGCGAUGGCUGGCAAAGCACCCCCCGAGUCACCGACCACGGUGGUCACAGCAUCGCCGCUUCUGUCUCCUGAGGGCUGGAACCACUCGGCUAGUGCCGACCCCACCCACACCAGUGCUCUGGGAAAGGGAUCGCUUCCUCGCAAGCGCAGCUGGCUCCUGGGAAGCGGUACUCGUCGAUUGUCGUCCCUGUUCUCGGGCAGUAAUUCCCAGAGAAGUUCGAGCUCUCCCGAUCUCAAAGCUACCGCGAUGAGUGCGACCUCACGUGGGGACGAGACGGAAAUGUCGCCAUCUCUCAGCCCACGACUCGAUGCGGCCAAUCCUGUGCGUCAACCGACGCCCCUGUCUUUGGCUCAUUCGAGCAACGCCGCGAUCCUUCGCGGUUCACCGUCCGCUCGUUCCCCACGCGAUCCGCGGACGACUUUGACGCCACCUUCGUGCGUCCCGCCAUUGACGCCGAGGAUCCCAUUUGCCCCAGUCGGCCGUUCGAUCCGAGCCAACGGCACGGCGUCGAGCGCAGGCUCGCACUCCGCCCCUUCCGCGUUCAGUCCUGCGAUCAUCGGUAUUCCUCCGACUCCCAAGGCAUCUUCUUACAACUGGGUUGACUCUCAAAAUCGCCAAUCAACUUUCCAACCCGAAGAGCCUUACCUGUUCCCCUCGCGCACCCGAUCGAAAGAAUGGCUAGGCUUGGGCAUCGACACGCUCGAUUUGACGAGUCUCGACAUCAACGACCGAUUGCAGGACGAAAACCGAGCGCUCAAGUUGGAGAACGCUUUGCUCAAACGCGAGGUUGAGUUCAAGGAUGUCGAGUUGGAGAAGGCGUUGAAGGAGAGUAGGAUGUACAGAGCGAAGAUGAUGCAGGCGUCAAACUUGCAGGAUCGUCGCCGCCCUGCGUUGCCUCGGUGA